AUGACGUACUCUGUCCUAAACAACUGUUCCGCACAUAGUGUGUAUAACGUUACCGUUAUAUAAAAUGGAGAUUUUACACUGGGAAAAUCUCCGUCAAUAUGAACAAAAUUAUCAUACAGAUAAUGAUUUUACUUCCAGCAGUUACACCAAAGGGUUCACACUCUUUGUGGAUGCUUGGGACAUACAUCAAAGGAGAGACACCAUUUCCAGAGUUUAGCGUCAAAUUUAUGCUGGAUGACGUCACUGUAGGAUACUACGAUUCAGAAAUAAAGAAAUACGUUUCGAGAGGAAAUAAAACAGAUGAAGUUGAUGUGGUUAAUCCAAACCACGUUAAGUUUAUAAGUGAUCAUAUGCAUACUCAUAUUGUGAGAAGACUAAGUCAACAGAAUCCUGACAAUCAAACUGAAGGUCCUCAAGUAUAUCAAGUGAUGAGUCUUUGUGAACUCUGGGACAACAAUAAAGGACAGCUGAUCACCAAAGAUGCUUACAAAGGUUACAUUACAGAUGAAAAGCAUUUUUAUGACAACAUAUUAACAUAUAAAGGCACAGUUGAAGUCACACAACUGUAUCUGGAGCUCUCAAAGUGGCGUCAUGAAAUGUUUUACUACCCAGCCUGCAUGACAACUCUCAAGAAUUACCUUAAAAUGAGAGGAACUCAAGUGAAUAGAAAAGUGAAACCCAGAGUCCGUAUCAUUCACAAACCAUCUUUACAUUCUGGAGGGUCGCAGGUGAGUUGUCUGGCAACAGGAUUUUAUCCUCGACACAUCAAUCUGACCCUGUUCAGAGAUGGACAGCCUGUAUCUGAUGAUGAGAUCACUGGAGGAGAUCUGCUGCCCAAUGAUGAUGGGACUUACCAGGGGCCUCAUUUAUCAACAGUGCGUAGAAAAUGUUCUAUAUUUGUACCUACGCCCCAGAUGAGGAAGAUUCUGAAGAUCAGUGAAGAAGAACAGAGAGUGAAACACAAAUACACCUGCACUGCCACACAUCUCAGUCUGGACAACAAAUUGGACGUCAAUUUGGAGUUGGAUCAUGGGACACCAUUAAAGCCAGUGCUCUCCUCAGUGCUAACAGUUUUGGCAUUCAUUAUUGUGACUGUGGUUGCAGUUAUUAUAUGGAGGAAUCGAGCAGCCUUUUCUAAAAGUGAAAAUUCUUCAGCUUCUACUUCUAAAGAGUGUGUGUGCACAGCAUCAUAAAGGUUUAUGUUAUCAUUAUGACAUGAAGCUACAGUAAGUGAAGAAAUGGUUCCAGCUCAAACUGAUGCAAGAAAAGCUUUAAUAUACCAAACAAAUAUGCAGUAAUCUCAGACAAUAUGGAAAAGAUCUUAUCUUUGUAAACACUGUAAGUGGUGAUGUCACUGUAUUUCCCAGUUUUGGGCAGGUAGCAGGGCAUUUAAAUUAAUGUUGUGAAGUUUGAGAUGCUGCCCAGAUUAUUUUCCUAUAAAUGUUAAACAGAUUGUAAAUUAGCUGCAGUUCAGACACCAAUAUUUAUUGUAACUUGUAUGAUUUUAUAGACUAAAAAAUUCAAGGAUAAUUUUUAACCCAGCUGUAGGGUUUGUUUAUGUUGGACCCAAUCUUGGGUUAAACGAACCAGCAUUUAAAACAAUUAUUUUCUUAUCAUCAUGUUGUUAAAACCUGUAUGAGUUUUUUUUUCUUAUAUUAGACACAAAAUAAGAUAUUUUAAUAAAUGAUAGUUGAUUGUAACCAUUGACUUCUAUAUGAAAAACAAAUGCAAUAAAACGUAAUUGGUAUAGGCUACUAUCAUCUGUGUGCUUACCAUCAUUUAUCAAAGUAUCUUCAUUAUUUAUCACAAUACUUCACAAUAAGUCAUUGGUUACAAUCAGCUGUGUGCUUUCCAUAAUUAAUCAAAAUAUAUUUUUGUCUAAUAUAACAAAAGAAACUCAUACAGGUUUGUAACAACAUGAGGAUAAGAAAAUGAUGACAGCAUUUACAUUUUUGUGUGAACUAUCCCUUUAAAAGAACUCUAUAAGACUACACUCUAAAUUAACGCAAAAAAAUGUUUUUGUCUGACCUAAUCCGUUAAAUUACAACCCAGUGGGCUGGGCUCAUCCCUUUUUGACCCAAUAUUGUGUUGAAAUAACCCAGCAUUUUUUUGAGUGUACAGUAAUACUCCGGGUCAGUUAAUUAUUGUAAUGUUUGAGGUGACAGCCAGUUGCUUAAUGGAUUUCAAUUGCAAUUUGUUUUGAAAUGUAGCAAUAUUGUGUACAAGUGUCAUAUCUCUUUGAUAAAUUAUUGUUAAUGUAUUACUUGGAUGGAAAACAAAGACAUUAAAUAGGGGCAUUGAGAGAGAAUAAAUGCAAUAAUAUGGUAUUUUGUAUCAUUGAUGUUUUAAUUUAUUAUAGCAAAACCUUAUUUUGGUAAUUUUGUUUACAGA